UCCAGUCGAAUGGCAAUGCCCCGAACAAUCACAUUUUGCCGCAUUAUUGUUUAUAUUUUGCAUCCUUUUUGUAGUUGCUGAAACCAUGAAUUUACUGCCCAAAACCCGCGAGGAGUUCGCACAGACCGAUUACUGGAACGAGUUCUUCAAGAAGCGCGGUGAGAAGGCCUUCGAAUGGUACGGCGAAUACCUGGAGUUGUGCGAUCAGAUCCACAAAUACAUCAAGCCGGCGGAUAGGAUUCUGAUGCUGGGAUGCGGUAACUCCAAAUUGAGCAUGGAUAUGUACGACACGGGAUUUCGGGAUAUCACAAACAUAGAUAUAUCUCCUAUCGCUGUGAAGAAAAUGCUAGAACUGAAUGCCAAAUCCCGUCCAGAUAUGAAGUUCCUGCAAAUGGACGCGACUGCAAUGACGUUCCCGGAUGAAAGCUUUUCAGUGUCGUUGGACAAGGGAACGCUGGAUGCUCUAUUUGCCGACGACGAACCUGAAACGAGAGCGGUGGUGGAAAACUAUUUCAACGAAAUUCUUAGAACCAUGAGGAACGGUGGUCGCUAUGUGGGUAUCUCCCUGCUGCAAGAGCACAUCCUCAAUUUCCUACUGGACUUCCUGCCCAAGCAGAAUUGCAUGCUGAGGAUUGUUCACUGCUUGGGGGUGGAACAGGCCAACAAAGAGAAGAAUGCCGAUGAUGCCUUGACGCUGCCUGUUUUCGUAGUCGUCGCUACUAAAUUUAAGAGCCUUCCAAUGCCAGUACUCGAAUUCGGUUUCGGCAACGACAAGAUGCAAAGAUUCUCCACGGUCUCCGAACUGAAUAACGCAGUUUCAUCAGUCCAAAAGGCCGCUUUGGUUUGCAACGGUCUAGCCAGAUCCAACAUAGCUGGUCACAAUGAGGUGAUCAUGGAUCUGCACCGACCAUCAGAGCAAACCCCUCGCUAUACUAUCCACAUUCUGGAUAAGCCGCCAGCUCGCGGCCUGGGCAAAUACGCGGCGUUUAUUGUUCCUCAGGGAAGAGAGGUAGAGUGGCUUUUUUCCACGCCUGCUGGGCGGAAAAAACUCCAGGACUCUGCCAACUUCCAGCGACUGGCAGUGGUUACCCUUCAUCGGGAUCAGGUUUACAGUACCUUGGACGAAGUGAAGCAAGAGUUGGCCGACAGCAUAAAGAAUCUAUCGCCAGCUGGACUCACUGAGCAGAUACCGUAUCUAAGUCUUGGAUCCGAUGUGGGCAAAAGGGAGACUCUCAUUUGUGGGUUCUCUAAGAUAUCUGGAGAUUUCCGCAUUGAGGAAGUGGAGGCCAAUGGCAAGACCCUGCGACGCCUUAUUUUUCUCAGCAAUCAGUUUGUUGUGCAGUCGGAAGCCUUAGUUAAAACAGUCAAAAUCAAAGGCAAAAAGGAUCGAAAGAAGAUUGACUUCGGCUACCUAGCCUGCCAGCAUCACUUGUACAUGUCCGUGGGUGUCCAACUGGCCACAACGGUGCAGAACCCCAAAAAGGACGUGAAAAAGGAUGUUCUCGUCGUCGGCUUGGGAGGUGGCGGUCUGUGCAGCUUUCUUCACGCCGCAUUGCCGCAAGCUAGAAUUACGGCCGUGGAAAUCGAUCCUAUAAUGUUGGAGGUGGCUGAGCAGUACUUUGAGCUCAAGCAGGACAAACGCUUUCAUGUGGUUAUCGACGAUGGCUUGGAUUUCGUUGAGCGAUGUCGCAAUGAAGAUAUCCACUUCGAUGCCGUGUUGUUCGAUGUUGACAGCAAGGAUCUCAGUCUCGGAAUGAGUUGUCCGCCCCAAAGCUUCCUAGCCACGAAGAUCCUGCAGCACAUAAAGGAGAUUAUCGGUCCGAAAGGUCUCUUUAUGCUAAAUCUCGUGUGUCGCGAUGAGAGCCUUCGUGCAGAAGCCCUCCACAAUCUGCACCAAGUCUUUCCCGCUGUGUGUAGCUACAAACUAGAGGAAGACAUCAACGAGAUAAUAUAUUGUGCCAACGAUGAAAAGUACAAAACUGUCGAGCAGUGGAAGAAGAACAUGGGAACCGCUGGUCGAGGUUUAAACAGUGCCGUCAAGGAGACAAAGCUGGCUAGUGAAGACGCCCUUGAGGUGGCAGAGUUCCUCAGCGAGUUGAAAAUAUAAUCUUUAACAUAGGACAAUUAGCAAAGACAAUUUACGUUUUUAAAUAAAUGUUAAUUGUAUUUAGUUAUAAAUAAAGACUAAACUAUUAACUAAUUGUAUGUAGAAAUUGCUAAGAAUAACAAACUAAAUGUGUAGCAACAACUUGCAAA